AUGAGGAGCAUGGGGAACUCACUCAGUAGACCGGAAGGCAAGCCUUCGGUUGACAGGCUGACGACAAUCUCCAGGAACAUUCAGGAGAAUACCCAGAUCCUCACGGACAAGCUGCACACGCAGGGGCUUAACGCCCCCUCGUAUGAGCCACAUGGUCUUGCUGACUUUCCGCUGAAAGAGUCCGACGAUGAGACAUUGAGGGCAAGGCAGCAGAUUUUGUCUCUGACCAAGGAACUUCGAGACUUGGUGCUGGGACCACGGGAAGCUCUGAAGCUGAUGGCCUUGGACAUUGCAGAGGCAGUGCCUCAACAAGGAUGCAUCUCAUACGACAACCUGACGAGGGAAGUUCAGCGCGUCUCGGGCUUCAAAGUCCCUGCAUCUGAGCUUCGCAGGCUCCUCCGUCUCGCCAUGGCCAACAAUCUCUUUUGCGAGCCAGAGCUCGACCACGUCGCCCAUAAUCGCACCUCACUCGUCAUGCUGGAAGACGAAAGCCUAGCCAGCUGGGUUGGAUUGUACACGGUCGACCUGUUUCUUCCCGUUGGCAACACGGUGGCAGCUAUGCAGAAGUGGCCUGGUUCGCAGGACCUCACAGAGACAACAGACACAACCCGGGCCAAAAGGUACGAUCUCGCCAUGCGAGCCCACGGCUCCCGUGAAGGGUUCGACGUGUCGCACACGGUCCAGAGCUACCCCUGGGCAAAGCUGGGCAACGCCACUGUCGUAGAUAUGGGCGGCAACGAGGGAUACGUAUCCAUGGCCAUCGCCGAAUCCUUCCCCAACCUCAGCUUUGAAGUCCAGGACCUCCCUGGCAUGCGGACCGCCGCAACCAUGGGCAAAGUCCCGCCCCAUCUGGUCCAUCGUGUGAAGCUCACGACGCACGACUUCUUCGUCGAGCAGCCCACCGUUGCAGGCGCGUACCUGUUUCGGCACAUCUUCCACGCGUUCCCGGACAGACACGUUGUGCGCGCUCUGAGGGCCCUCGUUCCCGCCAUGAGGCACGGGUCGCGCGUCAUUCUCAACGACGUGGUUCUGCCGGCCCCGGGAGCCGUCUCGCUGACCGAGGAGAAGACGUUUCGCCUUCUCGAUGUCCUGAUGAAGACUGUCUGCAAUGGUCGGGAGAGGGAAAUCAGCGACUGGAAGGUCUUGUUCGAGGAGGCGGACGCGAGGUUCGUCUGGCAAGGGGCCUGGAAGUCGAGUGGAAAUCUGUGGUUUGUGGAAGCUCAGUGGCAGGAGAAGCCAAACAUGAAUGGGGACGAAUCUCGCAUCUGCUAG